AUGGCUAAUUCAAUUGAGACUGAUUCUUCAAAAUCUGCUGUAUCGCACGAGCACGGUGCUCACACAUUUUAUAAUAAUUCGCAGAGUCAUAGUUUGGGUCAACGCAAUGAAAGUAAAAUUUUCUAUAUGCGAAAUUUCAACAAUUGGAUCAAGAGUACACUAAUCAAUGAUUACUUAGCACGUAUUCGAAACGAACAACCUGAGCGAAGUAAUAAAAUUCAUGUAUUCGAUAUGGGCUGUGGUAAAGGUGGUGAUCAGCUUAAAUGGCACGUUGGUCGUGUCAAUUCUGUUACUUUUGCUGAUCUUGCUGAAAAUUCGGUAAAAGAAUGUGAACAACGUUAUCGAGAGCGACAAAAAUAUUGCAAUUAUAAAGCAAACUUCUUUCCACUUGACUGUACUGAAGAACUUAUUCGAGACAAAAUGGAUGCCAGUGAACCAUGCUUUGAUCUCGUCAGUACACAAUUUGUACUUCAUUAUUCAUUCGAUAAAUUGAAGUCAGCCGAUCGAUUCUUACGUAAUGCUGCUGAAUUUUUACGUGUAGGUGGUUAUUUUAUUGGUACUACUGUCAAUUCAUGUGAAUUGGUUGAACGUUGUCGUAAUUCACCUGGUCAAAGUAUUUCUAACGAUGUAUUUAGUAUCACUUUCGACCCGUCUGUGGAUCUGAGUGAAAAAAGCACCGAAUCUAUUCCACUCUUUGGAGUUAAAUAUCAUUUUACUCUUGAUAAAGUUGUGGAUUGUCCUGAAUAUCUUGUCUAUUUUCCUUUACUCGAAAACUUAGCAAAAAAACAUGGUUUGAAGUUUGUGGAACGACAAACAUUUAAAGAAUUUUCCGAUGCAAAUCAAGGCACUCAAGAAAGUCGUUGUCUCCUAGAGAAAAUGAAAGCUUUAGAGUAUUAUGAACUUCCGACAGACAAUCCACAUCAACAACGAAGACCACCAAUAGAUCAUACGCGGUAUGCUCAUGCCGAAAAAUACAUCAAUGAUGCUAAUAUACAGCAUCCGAAUUCUGUUAGAAGCUGUAGAACUCUAUCUAAAGAAGAAUGGGACAUAGCAAGUCUUUAUAUUACAUUUGCUUUUCAAAAAACACAUCACGUCAAAUAUGAUGAUUGUAAUGUCGCGGAACAAUGA